CAGACAGAAAGACAGACACUGUCGAGGUCUUCGCUGCUAAUGUAAAGAAGGACAGUGAGUAAGGGAGUGGGGGAGCGUCAGAGAUGUCUUUGGGAGUGUUCCAGACUGGCUGGAUGAGGCUGCUCUCACUUAUCCUGCAAGGCUGCUGUGUGGGUGUCCUCUGUAGUGACUGGGCUGUGCGUGUCCCCUCCGCUCCCCUGUGUGCCGUGGCCGGCUCGUCUGUGGUCCUCCCCUGCUCCUACGGCUACCCUCAGCCCUACCAGGUGCUGUCUGAGAUGUGGUGCCGGGACCAGAGCCGCUGCAUCACCCCCAGGUACGUGUACCAUAGCCAGGGCAUCUUCCCUGAGCCAGCCUCCCAGGGCAGAGUGGAGUACCUGGGGAAGGAAGGAACCAGGAACUGCUCCCUGAGGAUCUCUGAUCUGAGGAGGUCUGAUAGCGGGACAUACGUCUUCUAUUUUAUCACCAACCACCCAGUGGAGAAGCCUCCUGGACAGCCUGGAGUAACCCUGCUAGUGGCAGAUAAUUCCAGUGAAGUAGCAGUGUCCCUCAGUCCCACUGGUGAUGUUGUUGAGGGCAGCUCAGUGACGUUAUUCUGCUGUAGUACUACCCACACUCCAGUGGAGGGCUACACCUGGUACCAGACUGGAGGCUCCACGGCUGGUGAUAAGAGACAGAUGAUGACCAUCACCAAUGUCAGCACAACAGACAGUGGAAACUACUACUGUGAGGCCCUGACCACUAAUAGACCAAUCUACUCCUCAGCGUUGUCUAUUAAUGUCCAGUAUGCUCCAAAGAACACAUCAGUGUCAGUCAAUCCUUUUGGGGAGGUAGUGAUGGGCAGCUCUGUGACUCUGUCCUGCAGCAGUGAUGCCAACCCUGCAGUAGAGCGCUACACCUGGCUUCAGAGGACAGAAUCCCAAGCUUCACUGAGAGGGUCAGGGCAGAGUUACAGCAUCACUAACAUCAGCCUUGAGGACAGUGGGCAGUACUGCUGUGUAGCGAUGAACAAGCAUGGAUCACAGAGCUAUACUGUAACCAUGACUGUGGGGAAAGUAAAUGGCCAGUCCUCCAUAUUGUGGAGCUUGGUGGUGCCAGUGGGGAUCCCCAUCACUCUGACACUGAUCAUCAUUAUAACAGUGGCUUGCAUUAGGAGGAAAACUGUCCCAGCAUCAAGUCAACAAGGUUACAGUCUUACAGAGACCACCAUCCAGCAGCCAUUACCAUAAUACUACAUAAAGGAUGACCAUAACAAAUGAGACACUUAAGUUAACUGGAACUGAAAGGGAACUGAAUUAACUCUGGUGGGAGAUGUUGUGCCCAGUUUACUGCCACACAGUGGCACUGUUGUGUAGCUGUGUCCAGCUGUAUUCUUUAAUAACAUGUACAGUAAUAUCUGUAGAAUGUACUGUGCACCUCAUUUCAGCUCUCUACUGUAGAAAAUAAGUAAUUUCACUGUAAUAGGCCUACUGUAAUUUACUUAUUUUAUGAUGGUGAGUUGUUGAGGACUGGAUGACCAAAAGUGAAACGACAACCAGAGAUUAGUUUCAACAUGUGUAAAUAUAUAUUUAAAUUGAAUUACAAUUAUAUAAAAAUGGAUCAUAUAUAACAUAACCAAUGCCAUGCUACACCACCCCAGGCUGAGCUCUGCCUAUUUUAAUUUUAAUUUUAAAUGUAACCUUUACUUACCUAGGCAAGUCAGUUAAGAACAAAUUCUUAUUUAUAAUGAUGGCCUACCCCGGCCAAACCCCAACGACGCUGGGCCAAUUGUGCGCCGCCCUAUGGGACUCCCAAUCACAGACGGAUGUGAAACAGCCUAGAUUUGAACCUGGGACUGUAGUGACACCUUUUGCACUGAGAUGCAGUGCCUUAGACCACUGUAUUAUAUACAAGUUCUUCAAGUUUGAGUUGAGUGGCAAAAUAAAUAAGUCAACAACAGGUUGCAAGUUCAAAAAUAAUAAUUAUCCUCCAUUAGUGAAUAGAAACGGAAUUACUGAGACUCUCUCAGCCUGGUCAAAAAGGAGGUCAUAACAGUACAUAAUUAAUAAAAGCAACAAACCUGUCAAGUUCUGACCCUAGUUCUUGUGUUAUUUCUUUGUUUUUAGUUGGUCAGGACAUGAGUUGGGUGGGUAUUCUAUGUUUUGUGUUUCUAGGUUGGGUUUCUGUUUCGGCCUAGUAUGGUUCUCAAUCAGAGGUCAGGUGUCGUUAGUUGUCUCUUAUUGAAAAUCAUACUUUGGUAGCCUGGGUUCCACUGUUGGUUUGUGGCUGUUUGUUUCCGUGUCUGUCACCACACGGUACUGUUAUCGUUCAUGUUCACAUUUAUUGUUUUGUAUUUCUUAGUGUUAAGUUUAUGUUUUAAAAUAAACGAUAUGGACACUU